GUGACGAGAGUAGUUGAUAGAUGAAGCUGGAAGACUUUCCGCCUUGACAUUCACAUCUCGCGCAGUGCAACUCGCAACACGACUCGAUCUUGACAGCGCUGCACCCGCUUCAGGACUUUUCCUCAGCUUCCGCGCCAACCAACCUUCACUUUCCAAACGCCAAACUCGCCGCGAUUCGACAUCGUGAUCCUGGUCGACGCGCAUAUUUGACGAGCAAAUUGUAGCCGUCGUAACGUCUCGUCUUCACCUUCGGCCAUCUGCAGCUAUCCGCACACCUUUUCGCACGCUAUUCACGUCCCCACCCACACUCGGUCUCACACGUCCGCUUCUUCCAGUCCUUCGCCAUCGCAUCCACCGCCAACGAGCACGGGAGAAAUCGCAGCCAUACCUAGACUAAGCACGUAACCUGGAGAAGCGCAAGGCUUGCGCUUGUGUCUCGGCACACCAUGGGGAGGAUCAAGAAGACCGCCACCGAGCGUCAUGAGGCGACUAUCUCUCCUUACAUUACCGAAUUCAUCAAGACUCUGAUCGAGCUACCUCUGCACAAGGUGCCCGAGCAUAUCGCUUCCUUCCCACACACCUGGCCGUUCCCUAGAGGCGACCUGUACCACUGGAUUGCUCCAUUGAACCGUUUCGACCGCAUCCUUGAUAGUUUCACAUCUCUGUACGCUCUGGACAAGGGCCCACAGACUCAGCCAUUUGAGCUCCGUCUGUUGCGGAAGGGUGAUGCUGAGGAUGGAUCGGUGACCGAUGUGUCGGUGCAAGAGCUCGAGGCACGCGGGUUUUCGGCCGACGGAGAUCGCGAGCUCAUAGAGAGCAUUCUCAGCUUUACUCGUGUCCUACUCGAACGCUGUGGCAAUCGCAGUCUGUAUGCUAGCAGCGCACAUCUCAACCACCUACUCAACACUGUCUCCCUCAGCCUGCUCAAGAUCACUCUUCGUGUUAGUUUGCGUCUGGCCCAGCGUUAUCACACUUCGCGCAUGCGCGUUGCCUCGCCGCACUCUCUCAACGCCCUCUUGGCUGGUCACUACAGCAUCAAUCUGGAUCGCAUUCAGAAGCUUGCCAGCCCUUUCCCCAAGAAGCCCGUCGCCACCCCUAUCUUUGGCCAGACCCCGUCCAAGAACAAGGAGAAGGAGGAUGUCGUCAAGCCUGGAGUCAACACCUCUGACAUUGAGGCGCUGGUCAAGGCCAAGGAUAUCCCUCUGGCAUACAAGGAGGAACUCUCCAGCGUACACCUGACCUACUACGACAAGACAGAUGCCUCUGUACCUGCAUCAUCUGUCGAGGCCCGCGCUCCCUACACACCCGGCUCGCCUAUGCCUCCGGUCACACCUACCCCGGUUCGUCGUACUUCAAAUCUGGGCCCUGGCUCGGCACGCGCUGAGCGUGUGUCAAGCAACACAGACACGCCUGAGACACCAGUACGCCCUCAACAGAUCGAGUCUUCUUCAGCCGGACCCAAGGUCCUGGAGCUCUCUUCUGCCCAGCUCUCUGGUGCAGAGUCCUGGAAGGUCAUCGAGGAGAACGUCACAAAGGUGCCUGAGGAAAACCAGUUCGACUUGCUCCAGAGAGUUCGCGUGGCUUCUGCUUUCCAGACAUCGAAGGCGGCUGUUCAUGACCUGGUUGCCGUCAGGAUCUUGGCCAUUUCCAACCUGGCCUAUGUCUAUGGCGAGACGACUUUCCAACAGCGUAUUGGCCAGCCGGAUUCCGAGGAACCCCGUCGCACUCAGCUGGCUCAGCAGCUUACCGACAUGCUGCAGCCUCCUAACUCUGGUCAAGAGGAAGUUUCACAUGAGAUGACCGUCAUCGUCAUCCAGGCGCUUGAGGCUCUCGCUAAGUGCAAGUCCAAGGCAGCUGAGAUCGCCACUGCUCUGAACAUCACUGUCAGCCAUGGUGUACUUUUCUAUGUCCUCAGAAAGAUUCUUGCUACUCUGGGAGACGAGACUGCCUCGUCUCAAGACCAGGAAUGGUGCAAGGACGUUUUCGACCUGGUCAUGACACUCACACCAUCGGUACCGCACCCUCAACGUAACGCCGAAGUUCUUGUGUCAGCUGGAUUCCCUGAGAUUUUGGUCGACAUCCUCAAGCUCCGUACAGAGCAAGCCGAGAUAUACUUCCCCAUUGCUCUCGGGUUCUUCGACAGCUUCAUCCACAACGGAGUACGAGACACAUUCCAGGCAAUUGUCAACGCGAAAGGCUUGGACGUGCUCGCUGAUCUCACUGCUUAUGAAGUCCAGCGCUCGCUCGAAGCUGCUCAAAAGCAACAGGGCCUGCCAAAUGAGUACAAGACUAAGAUCACCGACUUCCAGAUCCCGUUCAACUCUCAACAGACUCUUCGCCAGCUUCUCAAAUUCGUGGCUCACAUGUACCAUCACAACCUCGGCACAGAUGAUCGUCUGUUACGCAAUUUCGUCGACUCGCCUCAACUUCUUGGAGCGCUCCGAAAAAUUUUCGAUAAUGCUCCUAUCUUCGGCUCCAAUGUCUGGAGCGGUGCUAUGAACAUCCUCAGCAGUUUCAUCCAUAACGAGCCGACCAGUUACCAGGUGAUUGCUGAAGCAGGACUGAGCAAGGGAUUCCUGGAAGCUGUAACCCAGCAGCCGAUCACCGUCUCUGACAUUGUCGUCGAGAACGCCGAUAAGGAAGACGAAGACAUCACUGAGACUGAGGCUGCCGGGGAGGAAAUUAGAGAGUCGACUAUGGUAGAUUCCACAGAAGACAACAGCAAUUCCGCAUCAACUUCCAAGGCAGCAGGCAUCCUGCCCGUCGGAGAGACCAUGCGUGAGAUUCCUACCGCCUUCGGUGCUAUCUGUCUCAAUGAGAACGGUAUGCGGAUGUUCCAAGCAUCCCAGGCUUUGGAGAAGUUUUUGGAGAUUUUCGAGAGCCCUGAGCAUAUCAAGGCUAUGGAGGAAGACUUCGAAGUUCCUCAGUACAUCGGCACUGCUUUCGACGAGCUGGUCCGCCAUCACCCACAACUCAAGGAGAGAACUUCUAAUGCCGUUGUCACUAUGGUCCGUAAUGUCAUGGUCAUCUGUCAACGUCGUGCUGAACUCCAAGGCGUCGGUGCUAAGCUUUGGCUCCCAGGAGACAAGGGUUUGCAGGUAGCAGGCGGAAGAGAUGCCCUGCGCGGCAUGAGCUUCACCGAGGUCGAAACUGCCUUCGAUGCUGAUGAUACUGACUUCCAUGACCGCGUCCAACAUGCUCCCGACAGCUCAAAGACCUCGGUUCAAGAAUCCGAGCUGGAGAGUGAUACUCUUACUAAGGGUCGCGGAGGUGGCUAUUCUACCUCAGACUUCAUCGCCAUGGUUUGUAAAUUCCUCAACGGCUUCUUGAGCAAUCAUAGCAUGGCUGCGGCAUUCUGCCAAGCGGCUGGUGCGGAAAUCCUCCUCGAUUUCGCCACCGCUGCUUGCAACCCAUACAACUUUCACGAGACCUCUGCUCAGACGGAGCUCAUCAGGGUUCUUCAACAGUUAGUUGAACACAAACCUCACCUGAUCCUCCCUUCUCUUGCGAGACGUACACAAUUUGCUUUCUUCCAGCUAAGACCAUUGGCGGAACACCGUCCCGGCAAGACAUACUUCGGCGACUUGACUGAAUCGACAAUUACAAGUUCAACAUCGCAAAGAAACGCCAUGGUCUCAAACGCAACCUACACAGCCAAGGCAAUGGUUCAGGUACAGUUCCUCUGCCACGUCUUUUCCCAGGUGUUCUCCAUGCACGUUUUCCAUUCAAACCGUAACGUGCCGCACCACUUUUUCGGUCAAGUCAACCUGACAGACAUCUACACCGACUUGAUUGAUGACUUGGGUCAGCUAUAUUCAUCUUGUGUCUGGGAGGCUAUCACCAUGCGUAACAACAUGCCCGAAGACUGGAGAAAGCAAAUUCACAUCUCUGGCAUGAGUUUCGAUCAUAGUGAGGCCGAUAAUGUCAUGGGGCUUUCUGCUUCUAGCAGCUCGCACUCCAAUAAGCCCGACGCCGAUGGCUCGUUGCAGCAGCACAAUGACACUGAGGCGCAAAAGGUCGCAGCACGCAACUCGGCUCAGUUCAAGAAUUGUCAAAUUCUUGCAUCUCUGUCGAACCAAGUGUCUACUAGUAUUCUGUCGUUCUUCCAGGCUAUGGGCAAGUCACUUCUCUGGAAACAUUCCUCUAGAAUCACCUUGAGCGAUUACCAGAAGCAGAACGCAGGAGAGAUGGCGGACCACUUGGCAAGUGCAUUGAUCGGCCAUAUUGCAACUUCCCGGCCAUCGACCAUGUCUGAAGUGGAUCGUGUCGCUUAUGACAUCGUCGUUCUCACUUCCACAUUGCAGACUUUGGUAGAUGAGCGCAAGACUACCCGUACUGGGGGAACCCACCGCGAGGUCUUCACCUUGGUGCUACUCGCAUUCUACCGCAAGGGCGGCUUCAAGGAGCUCGAAGUCCGUUUGCAACAAUUUGGCAAGCUCGUCGAACAAAACAAGGCGGCUUCUCAGGAGACUUCCGCUACCGAACAGGUCACAUCUUCCAAGCGCAUUCAUGCUCUGGCGCUCGCUGGCAUCGAUAAGAUCCUUGAGUUCUACAACAAGAUCACUCAGUCCAAGAAUAUUACGGACGCUCAACAGACUAGCGUAAUGGCUGUCCGCGACAAGCAGAAAAGUGACUACUUUUCGGCUCAGCAAUUCGUGGUCGAGAUCCGCAACGCUGUCCUUCCUCAGAUCAGCGAGAUGUGGAAGUCAUCUGUGAUGGAAGCUCUACCUGCGCAUAGUGUUAAAUUCAUCGUUGAUCUUCUCAAGCUCAUGCUUGAAGGUGAGGGUGAACGUGACGCCAUCAAACGCAGUGAGAACCUCAAGCGUCGUGUUGCCGCCGAGCCUCGCAAGUGGGAAGUUCGUCAUGCCACGAAGGAUCUCCUUAAGGCGGAAGGUUUCGAUGAUGAUCUCCUCUGCAUUGAGGCACUAUAUCGUUGUAACAACGUCCUAACAGCAGCCAAGGAGUACUAUGUUCUCCGAAGAGACAACCAGGGAAGCCACAUACCUAUAUACCCACUGCCACCUUCCGAAGAAACUGAGCCACCGACCCAAGAACAGACUGGCGACACGACCAAUCAGUCGACCGCAUCUGGUGAACCUUCUGUAGAGAUGCAGGAUGCGGACGAAGCUGGAUCGGGUACUCAAGACACCGACGGCGAUCGGUCCGAAGCUGAUCUGCUCUUAGGUACUGGCAACCGUCGUAUGAUGCUUCCUCAGGACAUGCUUCGUGGCGGUAUCGCGGAAGUCCUCUCUCACGCCCUCGGUGGCGGUGAGGAGUUGAUGCGUGCACUACCGGUCCAUAGAAGACCUUCGGAAGAAACCAACAGGCCCGCCGACGUUGUCACAGAGGAGAGCUUUGUCACCAUCGAGGACCUUGACGACAAGCGCAAGAACAUCAGAGUUGGCCUCAUUGACAGAUGUCUCGAUGUUCUCAACACCCACACAGAGGUCACGUUCGAGCUUGCAGACCUCAUCACCGCUGCUGUUGCCAAGCCCGGCCAAGACCAGUCAUCAAAGGUGGAAAUCGGCGAGACCUUGGUCAAUUCUCUCAUGUCUCUGAGACCGGAAGAAGGCACUCCACCUGAAGGUAAGAAGGUUGCAUCGUAUGCUCAUCUGCUCGCGCUCGUCAUCCAAGACCGCGAAUUCUUCGACGCAUCUCUUGAAACUUUGAAGGAGAACUUUGAACAAUUCGGUGACUUCAUCAAGAUGUUCCAAGGACAGAAGUCAGAAGAGACUUCACCAUGGGUAAGUAAUGUGCUUCUCAUCAUUGAGCGAGUUCUGGCCGAGGACGAGAAACCUCAACAGAUCCACUGGACAGCGCCUUCAUACGAUGCUCCUCCUCUAGAGCAAGACGUCAUCGAGCUCCAGCCCCCGAUUGUACCUGAUGAGGACAAGAUCAGAGUCUUCGAUGCCCUCGUUGAAAUUCUGCCUAGGAUUGGCAAGGACGAGUCUCUUGCGCUUUCAGUCACUCGUGCGCUCGUAAUCCUGACACGCCGUCGUGCCCUCGCAAAGAAGCUGGGCGAGAAGCUGUCGAUCUCAAGACUGUUCGUCAUGAUGAAGCAGCUCUCAGGUCUUGCAGGUGAACGUCUCCAGAGCACUUUUCUUAUCCUCCUCCGUCACAUCAUCGAAGACGAGGAGACUAUCCGUGAAAUCAUGCGCACUGAAAUUCAGGCGACAUUCGAGAGUAAAGGCAUAACUAGAAGCUUCGACACAACUCACUACACAAGAACGCUAUUCCAUCUAGCGCUGCGUAGUCCCGAGAUAUUUGUUGAAGUCACCAAUGAAAAGGUGCAAAUCACCAAGUACGACCAGAACCGACCUGGCGGUGCUCAGUCACUUGCCUUGAAGAAGGUCGAGCAGGCUGAGGAGACCAAGAAGUCAGAGCAGUCUGGAGAGGGCGAACCCAGCGUCGUACCUGAACGUCCCACCAUUGAGCGAACCAAGACUGGUGAUCUCAAACCUCCAUCGGUUGACAAUCCUGACGGUGUCGUCCAGUUCUUGCUAAAGGAACUCUCAUCGCUCAAGGUUGUCGAAGAUAACGAGGUUCAAGCUCCCAAGCCUGUUUCUACAGAAACUGCUGCUACUACCACGCCAUCGGAUGUUGAGAUGUCUGACUCUACCCCCACUCCUGUGGCUGAACAAGUAUCCGCUUCAGCAGUUGAUGCUGAGUCGAAGCAGUCUGACAACAAGCCUGUGUUCAAGGCUGAUCAGCAUCCGAUCUUCGCCUAUCGUUGCUUCAUCCUUCACUGCUUGGUCGAGCUUCUCGGCUCCUAUAAUAGGACCAAGAUUGAGUUUAUCAAUUUCUCGCGCAAGGCUGAGUACCAGGCAUCCACACCCUCCAAGCCUCGCUCUGGGUUAUUGAACUACUUCCUCACCAGUCUGAUUCCGAUCGCAUCUUUGAGCCAUCCCGAGGACAUAGCAUCCAAGAAGCAGGCUGCUACAAACAAUUGGGCUAUCAACACGAUCGUGUCACUCUGCUCUAAGACUAGUGAACGUGUCAUCGGACUGAAGCUUUCCACCAGCGACGAAGAAUCUGACCUUGCUUACGUUCGUAAGUUCGUUCUUGAGCACGCUCUCAAGGCAUACAAGGAUGCCAUGGCAUCCUCCGAGCCUCUCGAUCAAAAGUAUGCACGCCUGCUCAGCUUGAGCAAUCUCUUUUAUCGCAUGUUGACCGGCAAACAACAACCCGGCAUCAAUCACUUCAUGGUCGACAUGAACAGUGUCUCUCAGAAGCAACUUGGUCGUUUCAUGUACGAGAAGAACUUCAUCACUGCUCUGACAUCCUCCAUUGCCGAGCUCGAUCUCAACUUCCCUGGUGCCAAGCGUGCCGUCAAGUACAUCCUGCGUCCUCUCAAGCUGUUGACCGAUAUUGGUGUCACUUUGAGCAUCUCUGGUGACGUCUCUGCGCCUGGCACUACUGACGACGACGAGAUCUCUUCUGCCACCUCCGUCUCUGAUGACGAGAACGAGCGCGAGGAGACUCCGGACUUGUUCCGCAACUCUACCCUCGGCAUGUUUGAAGCUGCCAACAGUGAGGAUGAUGAGGACGAGUCUGGCUCGGACGAAGCCGAAGAGUAUUACGAAGGCGACGAGUACGACGAAGAGAUGGACUAUGAUGAGUAUGAAGAAGGCGGUCCUGGAUUGCACGAAGGAGACGUUAUCAGUGAUGAAGACGACGAUAUCGAUGGCAUGGGUCCCAUCGAAGGUCUUCCCGGCGACAUUGACGUCGGAGUCGACAUGGACGAAGAUGAAAGCGGUGAUGACGAUGACGACUCUGACAUGGACGACGCCGACUCCGAUGAAGGUGACAGUAUCGAAAUCAUCGACGAGAUCACUGGCGACGAUGAGAAUGCUAGUAUGGAAGAAGAUGACGACGAGGACGAUGAAGACGAUGAGGAUGAUGGAGAGGAAGAUUGGGACGACGAUGAUGAUGACGAAGAUGGUGACGCAUACCAUCACGGCGCUCUUCCCAUGGAUGCCCUUAUCCCAGCUCAUGGUGGUCCAUUUGGUGGUGCCAUUCCCGUCCUUGAUGAAGACCGCUCAGACCUCAUGGACCCGAAUGACGGCGACGACCCUAUGUUGACGCUUGACAUGGGUGGCCCAGAGCAAUACUUCGAGGAUGAGAUGGCCGAAGAUGAUGAAGACAAUGAAGAAGAUGACGAUGAAGAAGUCCUCGGCUACGAACCCGAACAUGACGACCCUGAGAACGACGAGAUGGAAUGGGGCUGGGAAACAGCUGCCAUGCCCUCGGCUCAUGGUUGGCGACGUCCUGGUGCUCCCUUCUACACAAUGGAAGACCCUCCACUUGGACUUCCUCGCUCUCACCGUGGAGGCGCUGUUGGUCGUGGUGACGAAGAUGGCACCAACCCUCUUCUCCAACGCUCAGGCCGCGACGCUACUGCCGGUGGUCUACCUCGUCAUGGCGACAUGCACGACUGGCUCCACCAAGGACAUCGUCCUAGACUUGGCGGCCAAGACGGACUCUCGUUUGUAAGCGACCUCAUUCAGAUGGUUGGCCCAUCCGGAGCUCGCAUCAGUGUAGUUGAUGGUUCCGGUGCUUUGGGUUUCCCUCCCGCUGCUCUGGCUGGUGGUAUGCCACCUGCCGUCUUCCACAUUGCUGGUGGAUCUCCCGGACGCUUUGGUCUACCCGACAUCCGUGCCAUUCAACGUAUCACCAGAGGACUUACUGGUCGCGAAGGACCCUCAAGUGGCAGAGUUUCUUCCAGCGACCCUAUCGCAGCCGUCGCCUUCACUCCUACACCUACCACCAUACGCUGGCAGGAGGAGGCCCGCCUGUUGUUCGGCCAUCUUUACCUCGAAACAGCCAUGAAGGUUGUUGAAUCCUUAUUGCGUCUGCUUGUGCCUCCUGCCAUGGAAGCCAAGCGUCAAAAGGACAAGGCUGAUGCCGAACGUAAGGUCGCCGAAGAGAAGGCUCGCGAAGAGCAACGUCUGAAGGAAGAGGCAGAGCGUGUCGAGCGUGAGGCUCGCGAACAACGCGAACAGGAAGAGCGUGCAGCCAAGGAAGCCGAACAGGCUGAAGCUCUUGCUCGCGAGAGAGCUGAGCGUGGAGAGCCUACAGAAGCCACUGAGAGCAUGGAAGGUGUUGAGCAGUCCGAAGCUGAACCCUCGGCUGAUGCUGCACCUCGAGUUGUCACCAACAUCCGUGGCAGAGAGGUGGAUAUCACUCAUCUCGGCAUCGAUCUGGAGUACCUGGACGCACUUCCUGAGGACAUGCGUGAGGAAGUCAUCAUGCAGCAGUUCCAAGAACAACGCCAACAAGAGCGCACCCAAGAAGCUACCCCUGGACAAGGCGGCGGUAGAUCUAGUGAGAUCAACCGCGAGUUCCUUGACGCUUUGCCUCCGGAUAUUCAGGCUGAGCUGCUUGCUUCCGAGGCCGCAGACCGCCGUCGCCGUGAACGCGAGGAGCAACGUCGCAGAGCAACUGCCAACGGUAAUGCUCCAGUCCCCCAAGCCGGUGAUAUGGACAUGGCCGACUUUUUCGCCACCUUGAACCCGGCCCUUCGCCAACAAGUUCUUUUGGAUGCUGACGCUGGUACGCUUGCUGGCUUCCCUGCUGAAUUCCAAGCUGAAGCUCGUACUCUCCUAGGCAAUAUCCAGCGCCAUCGUGGCGGACGUGAGAGACGUGAGAGCGAUCGCCCACAGGAUGAACCCGAAGCUCCCGAACCUGAAGAGCAGCGCGUUCGCAGACCUGUCAUACAAAUGCUCGAUAAAUCUGGUGUGGCCACCCUCCUGAGAUUGAUGUUCGUCGCCAUGCAGGACAGCGCACGUACCACAAUGCAGGCAAUCUUGUCAGACAUCUGCAAGAACACCCAAAACCGCGCCGAGGUUAUCAGCAUUCUCCUCUCUAUUCUUCAAGACGGAAGCUCCGAUGCUAACGCUUUGGAGAAGAGCUUUGCACACCUCACUCUCCGUGCUAAGCAGAUGUCUGGACAAAAGACACCACAGCCUCUCAAGCGUAGUUUGACUGGCUCUCAAUUCUCAGCACCCAACACGGACGUAUCACCUCUUAUGAUCGUUCAGCAAUGUCUUUCUACUCUUACCCAUUUGGCCAACGAGAACCCUCGUGUCAGCUCUUUCUUCCUUUCUGAGCACGAAACCAGCAUCAGCCAGAGAGCUAAGUCUUUGAAGAAGGGUAAGGGCAAGGAGAGCAAGGCUGCUAAAUACCCUCUCAACGCGUUGCUCACUCUCCUUGACCGCAAGUCGAUCAUCGAAAACUCUGCUGUUAUGGAGGCAUUGGCUUCUUUGUUGAUUCGCGUCACCGAACCUCUGAAGAUCCUUCUCAGAAAGGCAAAGGACGCCGAGAAGGAGAAGGGAAGAACCGCUGAAAUCGCUAUCGCUGCGUCGGCUGAUGUUCCUAUGGUCGAAGGCGAAGCUUCAGCAACAGCCGCAACCGAUGCUCCCGUUGAAGCUGACAAGCCGCAAGAGCCUGUCGCAAAGACAGAAGAGAAGAAGAAGCACAGAGAUCUGACCCCUCCAGAGGUGCCCGAAGAGAAUCUCCGCUUAGUUGUCAACAUCAUUGCAGCACGGGAGUGUAAUGGAAAGACCUUCCAGAGCACUCUUGACAUCAUCAACCACCUGUCAGCCAUUCCUGGUGCCAAGGACAUCUUCGGCAAGGAGCUUGUACAACGUGCUCAGGAUCUGGGCGAUGCUGUCCUUGUUGAUUUGCAAAAGUUGGCACCUCAGAUUCAGAAUGCAAAGACCAGUACCGACAUUCAAGGCAUCGCUCUUGCCAACUUCUCGCCGGCAAGCUCUCACCAGAGCAAGCUGUUGCGUGUCUUGCUCGCGCUUGACUAUCUCUUUGAUCCCAAGCGUCCCCAUGACAGACAAGCCUCUACCUCAGCCGAAGCUACACCCUCAAAGGCCCGCCAGGAUCUGCUGUCGACGCUCUAUGAGACUUCGACGUUUGCUAAGCUCUGGUCGAACUUGAGCGAUUGUCUCACUGCUAUUCGUGAGCGUGGAAGCAUGAACAACGUGGCUACCAUCCUUCAGCCAUUGAUCGAAUCAUUCAUGGUUGUCUGCAAGAACACUACCUCCAAGGAGGCCAAUCUUGCUGCCUCCCAAGAGUUGACUACCAGUGCACCUCAGCCGGACUCUCGCAUCGAGAAGCUCUUCUUCUCAUUCACUGAGGAUCACCGCAAGAUUCUGAACGACCUUGUUCGCAACAACCCCAAGCUCCUCAAUGGUACAUUCGAUGUGCUGGCCAAGAAUUCGAAGGUGCUGGAGUUUGAUAACAAGCGCAACUACUUUACUCGCAGAAUGCACACUCGUAACGCCGAGGACCGUAUUGCUCACCCUUCAGUCCAGCUCAACAUCCGUCGCGACCAGAUCUUUAUGGACUCUUUCAAGAAUCUCUACUACAAGUCACCCAACGAGAUCAAGUAUGGCAAGCUCAACAUCCGCUUCCAUGGCGAAGAAGGUGUCGAUGCUGGCGGUGUGACAAGAGAAUGGUUCGCUGCUCUUUCCAGACAGAUGUUCAACCCUGACUACGCUCUCUUCAAUCCUGUCGCUUCCGACAGAACAACUUUCCACCCCAACCCCAUGAGCGACAUCAAUCCUGAGCAUCUUACUUUCUUCAAGUUUGUUGGUCGCAUCAUCGGAAAGGCUCUUUACGAGGGCCGCGUCUUGGACUGCCAUUUCAGCAGAGCCGUAUACAGACGUAUUCUCGGCAAGCCAGUCUCGCUCAAGGACAUGGAGACUCUCGAUCUUGACUACUACAAGUCUCUCUGCUGGAUCCUCGAGAACGACAUUACUGAUGUUACUUUUGAGACUUUCUCGGUUGAAGUUGACAGAUUCGGAGAGACUGAGACAGUUGAUUUGAUUGAGAAUGGUCGUGACAUUCCUGUCACCGAGGAGAACAAGCAGGAAUAUGUCCGCUUGGUUGUUGACCAUCGUCUGAUAAAAUCAGUCGAAGAGCAACUCGAGCACUUCUUGAAGGGCUUCCACGAAAUCAUCCCUGCCGAACUCGUCGCAAUCUUCAACGAGCAAGAACUCGAACUCCUCAUCUCGGGUCUUCCGGACAUUGACGUCGACGACUGGAAGGGCAACACUGAAUAUCACAACUACCAGCAAACUUCUCCCCAAAUCCAAUGGUUCUGGCGCGCCGUCCGCAGCUUCGACAAGGAAGAAAAAGCCAAGCUUUUGCAAUUCGUCACCGGUACUUCCAAGGUUCCUCUCAACGGCUUCAAGGAGCUUGAGGGUAUGAAUGGAUUUACGAAGUUCAACAUUCAUCGUGAUUAUGGUAGCAAGGACCGUUUACCCAGCAGUCAUACUUGCUUUAAUCAAAUCGACCUUCCUGAAUACGAGACUUAUGAGCAGUUGAGACAUCAAAUGUACACUGCCAUGACUCAGGGAAGUGAAUACUUUGGUUUCGCCUGAGCGACUGCUCCUCGCAUCCUCGGAUCCGUCACACUCAAUCAAAACACACAAAACACAAUAACUACAAGUUUUCCAUCCUCUUACGCACGCAUUUCCAGGCGUUUUGUUUUUCGACUUCUCUUCUUCUCGGAGCAACGCAAAGGGAGGGGUUUUUGCUUUUCUUUGCUCCUUUUUGGGUGGACGAAAGCUAUUUUCUGCUCUGCUCGACUUUUCUUGCUCUACGGGAAGCUGAUUGCCUGGGCGAAAGCUGGUGAAGGAGAGAAUAUCAGGCAGGACGUGCAGGUCUUGACUUGAGGCCUUUUUUUCCUUCUUGCCGAACGUCGAGGGGGGUAUUCUUGGUUUGCUCGAGGAAGAAACCGAUAGUGGCAGUUGCUUUUGAUGGCCUUUUCCUG